UUUCCUCAGACACAGUGUUGGUCGUUUCGCCACUUGUCUUCUCCUUUAUUUAUGAAUAGUAAGUAGUAUCAUCAAAAUGAGUUUGCAUAUUUCGUUUGAAACAGCGACUAGUAUGACUUUACUACAAGUCCCAUGAUGCACCUCUGAUGCCCAUUUCGAACCAAGCGGCGAGCCUGUCAGCAGCAGGUAAACAAACCUAUCUGAUUGGGACUGCGAGCCACAUAAAGCGUAUGCGUUGUUUGACAGUCUUGCAUUUUUAAUGGCGAGGACGAUGACAGUCGAAGAAGAAACAUGUCUGCUGUCAACAAUUCAUUAAAAAUAAUCGCUGAAUUGUAAUUCAACAGAGGCGAGUCGACGGCAAAUAGAAGGACGAGUUUAACCUGCAACCACUGUCGACAUUUGCGCAUGAUGCAUUGCAGCACUUUCGAGAAAAUGGGUGUUUUUAGCCUCAUUCUGAGAAUAGGGUAUAUGAUCCAAGAUGUCGGUUGGGUUCUUUAGCUAUCGUGUCAUUUAAUUGUGCUGGACUCAAAACAACAUCCCCUCUGGCGACCUGCAACAUGGGGCCCAUCAUGCAGGAGCGCACAGCAUCCACGACAUUGAAACGCGUCGUCUCCAAAGAGAAGAUUCGGGUAAAAUAUACUGAAAACAGCGGACCACUAACCAGUUCAAAGAAAGGUAACAAGAUGAAGAAAGCAGUGGGCCAGAUGAAAAAUGGCCUCCCAGGACCAGGUCAGGAUAAGGACACAGUGACAACAGUGCAGAAGGGUGCACAGUCAAAAGGUGGCAGGGUCAAAUCUGGCACUACACGCAAUACAAGCAAACUGUCCAGCCCUGAAGAAGAAGGAGAUUUGAGACCUCAACUCCGCAAACAUUUAUCUGUGCACAGGAAAGAGGAGCAACGCGAAAAUCAACAGAUGUCUCAGUGCAGCAACGAGCUACACCAGAAUCGUGGUGGGAUGGGAAAAAAUCGGCGAGCCCUCUCCCUGCCUCUCUCCCCAAUAUCAGGGCUACGACACAUGCCAGCACACCCUCUAACACACUCCCCAGCCCCAACCCCAGAGGCACUACAGCGGCACUACAACCAGAAGGAUGAAGACACUGACAGUGCCAGUGAUCUGUCAGACUCUGAGAGGCUGCCUGUACUGCCCUCUCCCUGUACCCCCUGCACCCCUCCUCACCUCAACCUCCGGGCCGAGGUCAUCAAUACUAAUGACUUUCCCCCGGACUUCCCAGGACCUCAUGGGGCUGUGGGUGAUGAAGAUGAGAGUGAAAAACCCAGCUACAGUUACCCAGACUUUCUGCCUCCUCCCUUCAACAGCUGGAGCCUGAGACAGCUGGCAGUGUUUCUUCAUACGGAUGGCCGUGGCGCCCCCCGCCCCAAGCCAGUAGGGCCCUUAGAGAAGUACCUGGAGAGGCUGCUGCAGCUGGAGUGGCUCCAGAUCCAAACAGUGCAAGCAGAAAGCAGCCGCCCACCUGGUAGCCGUACAAGGCUGCAAGGCUUCCCCUCUGCCACCACUGCUCACCCCUCCAGGCCUCACACAGCUCCACCAUCACGACUCAACUCCCCUAAAGGGCUGCGGCAAAGCCAGCGAGCCUUCCCAUUUACACCUGUCAACAACCCCCCAUCACCUGCUUCAGCCCAGCAACAGCACUCUCGCUUUCCAGUUUGCCCUCACUGUCACAUUCGCUACCCAUUGUGCAAUGGAAGCUGCUCUGCUAAUGCUUACCAGCGCCACUCAAGGCUCAGCCCACUUCUUGAGCACAAAGCCAGACCUGGAGCACCAGCGAAGAGGAGCAGCAGCGAAACCCGAGCCACCUCAACAGAAUGUAGGAGCCCAGGAGGACAAGGUGGAAUACAAGUCGGAGGAGGAGCCCAGACCCCAGUUAGCCCCUCAGCUGGAAGGAGUCAUCUUAGGCACAUGCAGGCUGCAGGCAAUGUCCGUAAGCAACCCCAGGAUUCUGGAACUAACCCAAACAGCAGAGGUCAGGUGAGGAAAAGCCGCGUCAGAGCCAACUCUGAAACAGAUGUUAAAAAGGAGCCUUGUGGCAGUAAAGCAGCUGGUGCAGAGAAACAAGUUUGUGCUGCAAGUAAGAGAGAGGUCACCACCUCCAAGAGAGUAGAAAGGGACUGGCAGAGGACAGAGGCGGUAGGUCAGGCCUCUAAAACUGCCAUGAAAAGAGCUGCUAAAGAGCCACAGUCUCUCUCCAGAGCUCCGCUCAGUAGUAAGCAGAAUGGCAAAACAAAAAAUGUGCACUUUGUUGCAAAGUAGGCCUAACUCUUAUAAACCAACAAUAUAGUGCUUUGCUUAGUGGUUACUUGGUACAGGAGCUUGAACCUAUGCUUGCUUUCUGUGUAAUCUGUGUAAUACUAACAUGUUGUAACUGUUGUACAGCAGUCUACAUCAGUCAGCGGUGUAUACAGCCUUCUAAAUGUCAAAACUAACAAGAGGUUGAGCAGCUAGAAUAGAGAUGAAAAAGCAAUGAUUUCAAAGCAUAUUAAAUAGAACAGAACUUGUAUUUCUUUCAAAAUGUACAGUAAGUAUACAGUCAUAAUGUUAGACUGUGUUUCGACAGAAGGCUCAUUAUGAUCCGAAGUACUGCUAGGAUUCUAAAAACACAGCUUUUAUGUCUGCUGCACUGCACAUCAUCUCUCAGUAUACUACUAACGUUGAAAUAGGCAUAAAAUAAGCAUUUACUCUACCAUUAGACAGCUUUCAGCAUAAGUAAUUAAUAGUGAAGUUUAACACAGUUCAUUACAUUUUAGUCCUCUAAUAUGACCAUAGCCGUUACUAGUGGAGUUUGUGAUGUUGGAAUGUAUUUGUUUUCAAUGCUCUUACUUUACUUGAUGUUGCAUUUUAUCUUUUCUUUGGUGCCUCAUGUUUUAAGACAUAUUUCCAGAGCAUCUUUGGCUGAAAAGAAAGAGGUGCAAAGAGUGGUGGUGUACUGCAGUGAUGUAAUUUGUUUCAGACAUAUUUGUGCAAAUGGUUUAAAAAUGUUUGGUUACAAGGGCUUUUCAUGUUUGAACAGCUUGAAUUGUAGUCUAUGAUAAUAUACUGUAUUUUGCAUAGAGCUGAGCUCUUUCUAUCAUUGAAGACAGUGUAAUGUUUGCUACGAAAGUAAAUGCAUAUUUUUCCAAAUUUUAUAUACCAUAGUUAUAUUUAUAAGUGUUGUUGUUGACCUGUAUUCAUUAUUGUCAUUAUUAUGUUUACAUUGUCAUGCACAAAAAUUAAAUCUUUAGAGCUGAAUGUAACUUAAUGUCUGCUGUGCUGUACCAUUGGUUAUCAUAAUAUGAAAUAUGGAAUUUCAACACAUCAUAGCUGUAAUGCUGUUACAAAGUAAUGUUAUACAUAUCACCUCCAUGCACCACUGCAUACUUGAAGUCUGUAGAACACAGUACAUUAGUGUGUCUUAUCUGUUUGUUGUGAUUCACCAUGUACACUUAAUUCAUGGGAACACUACAUCAAUGUAAAUAAUGUGAUAUGUAUUCAGACUGCACCUCUUUACCUAAUAUUCAUGUCAAGUAUCAGAGCCAUAGGUAAGGGGAAACGAGGGGCGAUAUUAUUAAUGUGUACAUUAUGUUGACACGAAGGCAGAAAGAUUGUGGUAUGUAUUUUCUCAAUGUUGAAUGCAAGUUUUUGUAUGGCAUAGAAAUAAAUGUUUUGCACUCAA